AUGGAUCUUAAUUAUGGCCUCCCCACCUCAAAUUCUUUGAUCGGCAGUAGGGUAACAUUCCUUGUAAAUUCAGCGCUUACAACUACUGGGAUCAUAAUGUAUACGCCGUAUCGUGACGACGGAAUAUCCGCUGGACAAGCUGAUUCGCGAAUGAUCCUCGGUUAUGUAUUCUUAUUGCUUUACCUUGGUAACAAGGUUACAUUUACUCAUAGUUCGGGUGCCAGAUUACCCUUGAACCAUAAUCCUAAGCCUACAUACUAUAGAUCCUUGGUCAGACGAUUCCACGCGGCUGCCAACCUGCCUGGAUGGUUCAUUCACAGAUGA